CCGCAGCGCUCUGCGAAGCUGCUGCGAGCCCUGGUGCUCAGUCCCAUGUUGCUGGUGGCCCAGUCCCAGGCAUUUCAAUUUACCUCCAGAAGAUGGUUGAACCUGCAGGAAUACCAGAGCAAGAAACUGAUGUCUGACUAUGGAGUGAGAGUUCAAAGAUUCUUUGUUGCAGACAGUGCAAAUGAAGCUCUCCAGGCUGAUAAGAGACUAAAUGCAAAAGAAAUUGUUUUAAAAGCCCAGAUCUUAGCUGGAGGAAGAGGAAAAGGUGUCUUCAAUAGCGGUUUGAAAGGAGGUGUUCAUUUAACAAAAGCUAAUGUUGUGGGACAGCUGGCUGAACAGAUGAUUGGAUAUAAUCUAGCAACCAAACAAACUCCGAAAGGAGGUGUGAAAGUUAACAAAGUGAUAGUUGCUGAAGCCUUGGACAUCGCCAGGGAAACCUACCUGGCGAUUCUGAUGGACCGGUCCUGCAAUGGCCCCAUGCUGGUGGGCAGCCCCCAGGGCGGCGUGGACAUUGAGGAGCUGGUCGCUUCAAACCCAGAACUUAUUUUUAAGGAGCAAAUUGGCAUUUUUGAAGGGAUAAAGGACAGUCAAGCUCAGCGGAUGGCAGAGAAUCUAGGCUUCCUUGGGCCUCUGAAAAACCAGGCUGCAGAUCAAAUUAAGAAGCUGUAUAAUGUCUUCUUGAAAGUUGACCCUAGUCAGGUGGAAGUGAAUCCCUUCAGUGAAACUCCAGAAGGACAAGUUGUCUGCUUUGAUGCCAAGAUAAACUUCGAUGACAACGCAGAGUUCCCACAAAAGAAUAUAUUCGCUAUGGACAACAAGUCAGAGAAUGAGCCCAUUGAAAAUGAAGCUGCCAGAUAUGAUCUGAAACACAUAGGACUGGAUGGGAACAUUGCCUGCUUUGUGAAUGGUGCUGGGCUUGCCAUGGCUACUUGUGACAUCAUUUUCCUUAAUGGUGGGAAGCCAGCCAACUUCUUGGAUCUUGGUGGCAGUGUAAAGGAGGCUCAAGUAUAUCAAGCAUUCAAAUUGCUCACAGCUGAUCCUAAGGUUGAAGCGAUCCUUCUCAGUAUUUUUGGUGGUAUUGUCAACUGUGCCAUCAUCGCCAAUGGAAUCACCAAAGCCUGCCGGGAGCUGGAACUCAAGGUGCCCAUGAUGGUCCGGCUUGAGGGAACCAACGUCCAAGAGGCUCAGAGCAUACUCAGUAGCAGCGGACUGCCCAUCACCUCCACCAUUGACCUGGAGGAUGCAGCCAGGAAGGCUGUGGACAAUGUGUCCAAGAAGUGACAUCUUCACCCUGAUCCCUUGGGGGAGGAAGUCCAUGUCUCCAGAAGAAGGGAUGGUCGUCUCACCACUGUGAAGGAAAUGGUCAUCUCAUUGGUGUAAAAAGGGGAAAGCAUGAACAAGAAUCACUGUAUGAAAAAUCUUAAAUCUGUAUUUUCUUGAAUAAGAUAUCUAGACAGCCUAAAUCUGAUUUUACUUAGAGUGAAAAUAUAAAAAUCAUGUCCUGUGUUCUCAUACUUUUCCAUCACAGCAAGCCCGCUCAGUAGGCAGUGUUUGCCGACCUCGCGGAGGAGUCAAUAUGGCUAAAUAAUGUGUGUGUCUACAGAAUUCGAAAUCAGGCUCUGGUUCAUCUUCAAAGAUUUUGGUGAACAUCUAAUCCUAUAUAAUAGAACAAAUCACAGGCCAUAAAAACA